AUGGUGGGAGCAAGAAAGCGGUUACUAUUAAGGAGGCAUUCUAAGGAAAUAGUAGCAACUUGUAUAUUGAUCAUAUUCCUUGUUGUUAUCCAUACUUAUAUCUCCAACGAUCAGCCUCCGAAUGCCUUUCCGCAAAUAACUGAUUAUGAGAUUGAAUCUCGCGUUGUUAAUGAGGAAAUUCUCAAGAUCUCGCCGAUUGAAACCAAGAACCCCAAAGUUGCCUUUUUGUUUAUGACCCCAGGUCCAUUGCCUUUUGAGAAGCUCUGGCACACAUUCUUUGAAGGUCAUGAAGGCAAAUUCUCUGUUUAUGUGCACUCAUCAAAAGAAAAGCCAGUACAUAAGAGCCGCUAUUUUGUUGGUAGAGAAAUUCAUAGCAAACCGGUAGGUUGGGGAACAAUUACCACGGUUGAGGCAGAAAGGAGACUUUUGGCAAAUGCACUCUUGGAUCCUGAUAACCAACAUUUUGUUUUGCUGUCUGACAGUUGUAUACCUGUGCGUAACUUUGAAUUUGUGUACAAUUACUUCUUGUUAGCAAAUGUCAGCUUUAUUGAAUGUUUUGUGGACCCUGGUCCUCAUGGAAAUGGCAGGUACAUAGAGCAUAUGUUGCCUGAAGUAGAGCUGAACGAUUUCCGAAAGGGAUCACAGUGGUUUUCAAUGAAACGGCAGCACGCUACAAUGGUUAUGGCUGACAGUCUUUACUUCACAAAGUUCAAGUUUCAUUGCAGGCCAAAAAUGAAUGGACGAAACUGCUAUGCUAGUGAGCAUUAUUUGCCAACAUUCUUUAAUAAGUUUGAUCCAAAUGGAAUAGCAAACUGGUCAGUAACAUACGUAGAUUGGUCUGAGGGAAAAUGGCAUCCCAGAUUGUUCAGGGUUCAGGAUGUUACCUCUAAACUUCUGAAUGCCAUAUCGUCAAUUGAUGAGAGUGUGCAUUAUACAAGUGAUUCAAAGAGAUCAGUGCUGAUCACACCAUGCAUCUGGAAUGGGUUGAAACGACCUUGCUAUCUGUUUGCCAGAAUUUUUUACCCUCGAACUCUGGACAGACUGAUGCACCUUUUCUCCAAUUUUACAACUUUCUGA